UCCAGCACCGGGCCCUGCGAUGCCGUUUGGCUGCGUGACGCUGGGAGACAAGAAAGAUUAUAACCAGCCGUCUGAGGUGACCGACAGAUAUGACCUGGGCCAGGUCAUCAAAACGGAGGAGUUCUGUGAAAUCUUCCGGGCCAAGGAGAAGACGACGGGGAAGUUGUACACCUGCAAGAAGUUUCUGAAGCGGGAUGGGCGGAAAGUGCGGAAGGCAGCCAAAAACGAGAUCAUCAUCCUCAAAAUGGUGAAGCACCCCAACAUCCUACAGCUGGUGGAUGUCUACAUCACCCGCAAGGAAUAUUUCAUCUUCCUGGAGCUGGCCACUGGGCGGGAGGUCUUCGACUGGAUCCUGGACCAGGGCUACUACUCGGAAAAGGACACCAGCAAUGUCAUCCGGCAGGUGCUGGAGGCUGUUGCCUACCUGCACUCCCUCAAGAUCGUCCACAGAAACCUCAAGCUGGAGAACCUGGUGUACUAUAACCGCCUGAAGAACUCCAAGAUCGUCAUCAGCGACUUCCACCUGGCCAAGCUGGAGAAUGGGCUCAUUAAGGAGCCCUGUGGCACCCCUGAGUACCUGGCUCCGGAGGUGGUGGGGCGGCAGCGGUACGGGCGGCCGGUGGACUGCUGGGCCAUCGGCGUCAUCAUGUACAUCCUCCUCUCGGGAAACCCCCCUUUCUACGAGGAGGCGGACGAGGAUGACUAUGAGAAUCACGACAAGAACCUCUUCCGCAAAAUCCUGGCUGGGGACUACGAGUUCGACCCGCCGUACUGGGAUGACAUCUCGCAAGCGGCUAAGGAGCUGGUGACACGCCUGAUGGAGGUGGAGCAGGACCAGAGGAUCACAGCAGAGGAGGCCAUCUCCCACGAGUGGAUCUCUGGGAAUGCCGCCUCUGACAAGAACAUCAAGGACGGCGUCUGUGCCCAGAUCGAGAAGAACUUCGCCCGGGCCAAGUGGAAGAAAGCCGUGCGAGUGACCACGCUCAUGAAACGCCUGCGGGCGCCCGAGCAGACGGAGACGGCGGCGGCCCCGGCAGCGACCCCGGCCCCGGCAGCGACUCCGGCCCCGGCAGCGGCUCCGACCCCCACAGCAACUCCAGCCCCGGCAGCGACCCCGGCCCCAGCAGCUACCCCGGCUCCGGCAGCACGCCGCCCGCCGCCACGUGUGACGAGGCCGGGGCCGCCGCCGAGCCCCCCGGCGAGCAGAGCGGCUGAGCGGCCCCGCGCCCCCUGUAGAUAGCCCCGGCAUGGCCCCCAGCCCCGCCUGCGCCCCCUUUUCUACGUGCCCCGCCGGAGAGCCGGCCGCGGGGCAGAGCCCUGCAUGGCGCCCGUUCCCCCGUGUCCUCGCAGCUCUCUCAGUCUGUCCCCCGCCGCCGUCCCCUGCCCCGGGGAUGCCCAGAGACGCGGGGCAGCCCCUGGCCCCGCAGCGCUGGGGGCAGCGCGGGGCCCGGGACCGCGGGCGGGGCCGCCCGGGACGGAGCGGGGCCGUCCCGGAGACCCCCUCUGCGUCCCGGCAUCCCCGGGGGGCACACGGGGACCCCCGCCCGGGGGCAGCCGCACGGCCCCCACGCGU